UCAGGUCGGCAGCUCCACAGUGGGAAGCAAAGGACAGGUGCUCCCAGGACGCUCGAGUCCGCUAGGAGGAGCCUGUGGGAAACUUGGGGAGCACGUAAGUGCUCAGCGGCAGAAACCCGCGGUCCAACGAGCAUCUCUGAGCAGCGGGGAAACUCCAGGAUGCCCAGGAAUCGCAGCUGCGCUCCGCUGCCCGGCUACCCCAGGGCGCAGAGACAGCUGCUGGGGUGUGGGCGUCCGGCUGCUCCCCUCCUCCUGCUCCUGCUCCUGGCUUCUUGGGCGUGCGCCUGCCAAGGUGUUCCAGUAUCACCUCUGGCAAUACAGACAGACAAAGAGUUACAGCUGUGGAAUGAGCUAGAUAAUGCUUGUUCCAGUUUCCUGUCCGUUGACUCAGAGUCUCAGGCAUCCAGUGAACUGGAAGACCUUUGCUACAUGAUUAUGGGAAUUUUACCAAAGCCACAGGAAUCAGAUGAAAAGGACAAUACCAAAAGGUUCUUAUUUCAUUAUUCUAAGACACAUAAUCUGGGCAACUCCGAUGUUAUGUCAUCUGUGAUCCAUCCUUUGCUGCAACUCAUUCCUCAACUGCAUGAGAGAAGAAUGAAGAGGUUCAAAGUGGACGUUCAUGCUGGUUUCAGCAUACCACUGCAAAAUGGAAAGGAAGAAUUACAAGGGCCUGGAAGAAUUCAAAGUCGGGGUUACUUUUUAUUCAGGCCCCGCAAUGGAAGAAGGUCAGCAAGUUUCCACUAAAAGGCCUUUGAACUACUUUUAUGUCACAGGAGUGUUGGUGCAGAGAAUUAUGGUUUUUUUUCCUCAAAGAAUAUCAACUGUACAAUUUGAGAAUUCCUUGGAAUGUAAAUGUGCCCCAAUUAGAUUUAGUCAAGGAUGUAUUAUGUUUCUUUAAUUUCAUCUUCAAAUGUUUCCUAUUGGUCUAAUAUUUACAAAUGUGAUUAAUAAAACUGUGACUUGCACGUCAGAAA